CACUUAGCCUGACGCACAAAGACUCGCUGGAGGUUCCGAGCUGCUGCGGUGGGGUGUCAGCGGCACAGAACCGGGCUUCGGUUCCGGCUGAAGGAGUCGGUGAACUCCGCGCGUGUCUGUAACUGUAGCUGCGGGCUUUCUCACGGGAACAGCGUUGUGCGAGUGGACCAGAGCAGGUAGCCGUCAGGCGUUUCGUUUUUAUUUAAAACAGUCUAACAAAAGUGUUAAAAACUACAACAGAAGAAGUUUCUCUCGCGCCCGUGCCAAAGGCGCGCGCGCUGAAGGUUAGUGAUUAGGCUUUGAUGUAAAUGAAGUGAUGCGCGCUCACGCGGGUAACUCCCGUUAGUGAUAACCGAGGGGAGCUCUGCAGACAGGUGAACGUCCGGUAACUGAUGGAGCUCUUCCACAGCAGCGGAGCUCUACCCUAGAGGUGAAGCGGGGCUGUGCCCGCCCGCGUUCAGCUGCUGGACUCCGGUACUAACUCACGCGCUACACCGGCUGGAUUGAAACACAAAAGAACUGACCCACGCCCCGACCGCCAUGGCCUCCUCCUCACGGGACAGCUGCCUCUGGUUGCUCUGGAGACGGACCCUGCUGCUCGCGCUGUGGCUGUGCGCGGGCUGUGCGCGUGGAGCGGAGGACGAGAGCGGCUUUAACGCAGAGUUAUGGCUGAGGAUGUAUGGUUACCUGCCCCAGGCCAGCCAGCAGAUGUCCACGAUGCGAUCAGCUCAGAUCCUGUCCACCGCCAUCAGUGACAUGCAGCGGUUCUACGCUCUCGAGGUCACUGGCCAGAUGGAUGCUCAGACCAUCAGCGCCAUGAAGAGACCCCGCUGCGGCGUUCCUGACAAGUUUGGAGGGCAGAUCAAAACCAACGUGCGGCGGAGGCGCUAUGCGCUCACGGGACAUAAAUGGAACAAAAACCAGCUGACGUACAGUAUUCAGAACUACACUCCUAAAAUUGGAGAGAAUGAGUCCUACAUGGCCAUCCGGCGGGCCUUUGACGUGUGGCGGAGUGUCACCCCUCUGACGUUUGAUGAAAUCCCUUACCAAGAAAUCAAAUAUGGACGUCGUAAGGAGCCCGACAUCAUGAUCUUCUUUGCCUCUGGUUUUCAUGGGGACAGCUCUCCUUUUGAUGGGGAGGGGGGCUUCCUAGCUCACGCCUACUUCCCUGGACCUGGAAUGGGUGGGGACACACACUUUGACUCAGAGGAACCGUGGACCACAGGGAGCCACAAUGUACAAGGUAAUGACCUGUUUCUGGUGGCAGUCCACGAGUUGGGACAUGCUCUGGGUUUGGAGCACUCCAGUAACCCCCUGGCUAUCAUGGCCCCCUUUUACCAAUGGAUGGAGACUGAAAAUUUCCAGCUGCCUGAUGAUGACCGGCUAGGCAUACAACAGAUCUACGGUCUCCCCCAAAGCGGCCCCACCGAUGCUCUACCCACAGUGAUCCCCCGCCGCCCUGAACCCAGGCCACCUCACCCGCCCCCACGACACCCAGACCGCCCCAGAACCACAGACAGACCAGACCACUAUGGACCCAAUAUCUGUGAAGGCAACUUUGACACUGUUGCUAUGCUGCGAGGAGAGAUGUUUGUUUUCAAGGGCCGCUGGUUUUGGAGGGUUCGCAGGAACAGGGUUCUGGAUAAUUACCCAAUGCCCAUUGGUCACUUCUGGAGGGGCCUGCCCGGAGACAUAGAUGCUGCUUAUGAAAGACAUGAUGGCAUGUUCGUCUUCUUUAAAGGAAACAGGUUUUGGCUUUUCAGGGAGGCCAACCUUGAGCCGGGAUAUCCCCUGGAUCUGGUUGAUUUUGGCAUCGGUAUUCCGUAUGACCGAGUAGACACAGCUAUCUGGUGGGAGCCCACUGGCUACACUUACCUGUUCCAGGGAGACAGCUACUGGCGCUUCAACGAGCAGUCGCGUGUGGCUGACAGUGGCUACCCUAAGUCUAUCACCAUUUGGGACUCCUCCGUCCCUCCUACUCCCAAAGGGGCUUUCCUCACUGAUGAUGGAGCAUACACCGUCUUCUAUAAGGGAUCCUAUUACUGGAAGUUUGACAACCACCGUAUGAAGAGCGAGCCAGGCUAUCCAAAGUCCAUCCUGAGAGACUUCAUGGGCUGCAGCGUGGACCUGAACCCAGACAGAGACACUGACUUGGGGCCUAGAUAUCCCGAUGUAAACCGCCCACCGUUCAACCCAGACGCAGGGCGUGAUGGAGACAAGGGCAAAGGUCGGGGCGGGACAGAUCGAGACGAUUCAGACAAAAACAAGGGCAAAGGCUCAGACAAGGACAAUGAUGAAGACUAUCGCGAGGGCCGGGAGGAAGACACCAAUGAAGUGGACGUGGUUUUGAAGGUAGAUGACAGCGUAGAACGGACCAUGAACAUUCUGAUGGUGACCAUCCCUCUGGUCCUGGUGCUGUGCAUUCUGGGACUGAUCUAUGCCAUCAUUACCACGCUUCAGAGUAAAGGGGCGCCCCGGCUGCUGGUGCACUGCAAGCGCUCACUGCAGGACUGGGUCUGACCACGGCUUGGGGAGGCACUGAACUUUGAACUUGAAGUGAAUUUUAGAUUCCUCCGAUGUUCUAACCCACACCUCCUCCUAGUGAUCCAUCUGUCUCAGUGGCCCCUGCAGCUCUUCGUAGAUCCAUGCUGAUACCUUAUGGAGACAUAGGCACACGCAAACUCUGAGCAGACAUGAAUAGUGUCUUACAUCUACACACACAAAGACCUAAACCGCCUUCAUCUCCCAUGGUGCUCUGCAUCGCACUGACUGAAGUCUAUUUACAAGAGAGAAGUUUGCACAUUGUUUUUCUUUGUAUUCAUUCUGUGUGAGACUUUCUGUUGUUGGAAGGCUCUUCUGUUCUCACCCAUCUCUGCACUCCCCCCUCCUUUCACCAUUCUGAGCUAGAGUUGUUUCCUCGUGGGACAGACAGCGUAGGACAUCAAAGAUGUUGGUUCGACAGUAGCUUGGUCACUACAGACGUCUUAUUGUAGUCAGGAGCGAAGAUGUCCGAUGAGCCUGGGAGGAUUCUUUUAGCGAUGAGGCAAAAUUCAUCAGUAGUCGUAACUUUGCAUUUAUUAUUCAAGCCGGCGUCACGCUGGGUUGUGACUUCUGGUGGGAACUUAGGAAUAGUACUUAUUCAUGUUUGGGUUUCCAAAAGGUCUCGACAUUUGUGGUUCUCAGCUUCUUCGAGUGAGGCUCAGGCCAAUGCAGUUACUUUUUCACCAAAUAUUCUCAUCCACAUUAUUCCUACAGGAGCAGCUCAACUACCCCAUCAAAGCACUAGGUUAGCAGCUCACACCCAUUCAGUGGAGGUUUUUUUUAUGAUGGGUGGACAGGAAGUGCCAAUAGAAUCGGAUCCAGCAGUGUUGCUACAUAAACUGAUGACAGGUGUCUGGAACACACUUUAGAAAUAGUUGGUGACUAAAUAGGAUGAGAUGGUCAGGAAGGCACUUUGAGUCUGAAUGUGACCCAACUCAUUUCUCGUGCUUAAGUGUUCUUUAGCAUUCAGGUCGUUUUGGCCGUGGAGGACAAAGACCGUCCUUGUUGGACACACCGACAUUGUGAUGCAGGCAUGUUUGCGAUACGUUUGGCAGUACGGUAGCCUGGCCUGCCAGACUCGCCCUCUGUCUAGUCUACACAGAGGACGAGUCUGGAUGCUCACAGGCAGAGAGGCACAUGAGGGGCGGGACUAGCCAGCUCAAAAUAACCAAUCAGAAAAAAGAUGGAAAUGACGACUGUACCGCGCGACGAUGUCGUUUUUUAGCUGUAGUCAAAAAUGGCGUCUGGCGACAACACUACCAUCUUUCUUUAGAAGAACGUGUUCAGCACUUCUACUUGUUGUGGGUUUAAAGAUGUGUCCAGGCCAUUUAGAACAGAGGAAAGAGCCGCAGCCAACUCCGCUCCAGAUGCCAUCUUCAUUGUUUAUGAGAACCUGAGCGUGUGUGAUGUACGCUGCUCAGCGCUGAUUGGCUCGGUUAGAAUUCUCAGGGGAGGGGUUAUCUGAAUGAGAGGGUUACCAGGCCCUUAGCUUCCCGUAAGGAAGCGUUGGCGUGGCUGGCCAAGCUAGCAGUCCAUAUCACACGCUGGUUGUAAACUAACUACUAAGGUCAGAAAGAGAAGACAACCUCGGGUUAUGUAAUGCGAUGCUUUGCAUUAGUGAUGUGUUUGUUUCCUGUUCACCUUCCAACAAAGCAGUGGUCUAAACUUCAAUGAUCUUUAUUGGCUGCUUAAAUAACAACUUUUAUUGGUAAAAUCUGUUUUACAGACAACUGUAUGAGACCACCCACCUGUGUGCUGAAUAUGACGCUUAAAGCAGCACAAAUGUAGCUGAGAACAGCCAUUAGCUCCCUUUGGGGUCUGUUGGUGACAAAACCAUUCUGACAUGUCUCUGAACUUCAUGUUAGAGUCUACCAUGGCUGGAAAUGAGAUCAUAUUCAUAAAAAGUUCCAGGACACAUGUUCUCUCAGUCACAUAUGGACGUGUGGAACCAGCUCAGUCCUGUUCGGGUUUUGUUUCCGUGGGCGAGGACGUGUAAGAAAGCUUGACAGAUUUGGAAGUGUUGCAGAGACAUGAUUGAGACUCUCUGUGACUAAACUGCAACAAGAACGUUUGUUGUUUGAUUUUCACUUGACACGUCCAUUGAACUGCUCACUAAUAGGUCAUGCAGAUCAGUUCGGUGUGGCCGUUACUCAGGAUUUGCAGAUUCAUUUGCAGUUGUGUGUAAACGACACAACCCAGUCAGACUUCAGACUAAAUAAUGCUCGCACAGUUGGACAGCAAAUCCUCUUCCUUCUCCUUAAAUGGAAGCGGUUUAACUACCUCUGUGUCCUAAAGGGUAACCAGCCUUGAAAGAGGACCUCUUCCCUUUGGUCUGUGCUCCGGAGCUGAUGCUCCGUCUGCCUCCUCUCUGUCAACAGCCAAGCCCUCUGCCUUGCUGCGUAGGAGAGGAACCAGUAACUAAUGCAGCACGAUGACAUUACACCAGGGUGGGAGCGCCGACUGUAUAAGAAGCUUAAACUUGAUCAGUGGCAGGCCACAGGUAGUGUAGCAGUUAAUAACAGACUGUCUGUUAAGAAUGGAGACCUUUGACCUCAGCGUUGGCAGAUAGGGUAUCUGUAAGCACCAGGGUGGGCUCGGGCCUCUCAGGCUCAUGUGAGCAAAGACUAAUCCUCUUCAUCAGAAACAGCAGGUGUGUGCAAAUGCCAUGAACCCACAGGACCUUUCACCGAAACCUUUAAAUCACCGAAUCCAAACGCUCUCUGCUGCUCUUUCAUCUCUCCAGAACAAAGAAAGUUUCCCCCAAAAACAUUCAGAUCAGCCAUCUACUAAUGACCUCAAGCAGCUUUACAGAUCAGAUCCUCAUCACAUGGUUUUUUUUUCCUGCAAAACUAAAUUCUGCUUUUUCAUUCAGAGUAAAUUCAUAACGUAAACAUGAUAUUUAUUUUUACAAAUAUCUGAUUCCAGAUGUACGAUUAUUUGCUUUAAAUGGAUUCUUGGGCUAUCCUUAUUAAAAACACUAAUUAUUAGCAUUAGUGGCUAGCCGGAGUGCAGCUAGGCCAGAUUGUGCCAUCUUAAAACUAAAUAGAAAGAUCUAGUGUUUUAAUUGUCAUUACUUUGUCAUUUGUCAUACAAUCACAUAAUAAUUUGGUAAAUGAAGGAAGGCCUUCUGCUGCUGCUUGCAUCUGUGCUCGUGAACAAGAAAAGACAUCCAGAACCUUACCAUGAGAUGCAAAACUGACAAAAAUGCAAAGGUUCAUCACAUUUAAUUAGCACCAACCUUUGUGAAAUUGUAAACAUUGCAGUAGUUUUAAAGUGGAAGCAACACAUUGUGGUCUGUGCUGUUCCCAGACCAGCCGCUAGCAACACUGAGUAAGGUAGUCUGGAUGAGUCACUGGGUAGGUGGGGUUAAAGAGCAAAGGGAAGAGAAGUGAACAAAGCUUCUUCUGGAACAACUAACGGGUUGAGUGAAGGUUGACAGGAAGGAAGGACAGGCUUAUCUGAGGGGUCGGGUUACUGAAAGGGAGGGUGAGGAGAAAUGAGGAAGGGGGAGGGGACUGAGGGAAGGAGGGCCGCUCUUCCUGAGCUUGCAAACUUUGGAUGUGAGGAACAAGGAGGGGAAGGAUGAGGAGCAGAUAGGGAGAGGAGAUCCUCAGUAACAACCUCGAUGAGGGGGGACGCCGUUGUUAGCACCACGUUUGAAGGCUGUAGUUGUUGAUGGAACCUCCCUUCUUCAUACUGAGCCCUCCAUGUUUAUUAUUCUUAAAGCCCCGCAUUCACAGCCAGAGGCUCUGCGCCUCAAGGCUCCUGCUAGGUGAAGACAGGUCGAGGUUGCAGUCAGAGUUAACAGGUCGCUGGCCUGAGGCAGGUCGAUGGUGGUUGCUAGGAAACGGUGUCCUGUGUCCAUCACUCACCUCUUCAUCACUGAGAUUUUGUGGGUUAGGGGUGGGGGGAGCAGACGCAGCUAAUCAGCGUUAAAAGCAUCGUCCUCUCCCCGUCCCACGCGUCCAUCAGACAGCCGGGCGUCUGGACAGGCUCAGAAUCUGCAGACUCACUCAGCAGGACACAUCAGCCUGCUUCUCUGACCUCCAGACGACCGGAGCGAACAAAGAACCAACUUUAAAGAUGUAAAACGCUGAGUGUGCCAGAGUUCUCGUGCUUGAGCGGGUAUUGUCUCAGGACACUAAACGGGAGACGAGCACUGAAAGAAAAGUGUCACAGCUGAUAGAUGCUGGCCUUCAUGUGUCGAGGUGUUCCGUUAAUCUGGCCUCCUUUCUGUCAGCGAGCCGUUUCCUGGUUGUAAAUCCCCCCAGGCCUGGAGGGAUCGUAAUAACAACAAUGGCUGGCUCUCUUCCCCUCUCCUCCUCCAGCUUUUCCUCUCUUCCUGAUGAAUACUCCCUACAGACACAUUAUUGUCCCCACCUCCCAUUAGGAAGCUGGUCCGAGCCGAGGCCCCGGCCGCACACAGAAGUGCCUGUUUUAGAUGCUGCUACAGCCGCUGAGGGAUUGGGUUGGAUAAACGCCGUUCAUAUCAGCUUUGUUUGGGAAGAUCUGGAAGCAGGUUGCACUUAGUGAUUAAAAUCCUGGACGCCCAGUUUGAAGCGUCAGCUCCUAAUGUGACGUAGGGACGACCUGGACAUGCUGAGCUUUCGUCUGUCUCAGGAUGCUUCUGGAAACACGAUGAGCGCUCGUGGCUCAGGCCCCAUGUUUCAGCCCUCAACAGCCGCUCUUCCUUUAUCUUUGGCCCUGUUUUGACUACAUGAGUUAAAUUCAGCAUUCAGGUAUUUGUCAGCUUUCCACACGUUUGGUUUUAUUUGUAAUUGCCGUGUGUGUAGAGAGCAAAGUACUGCAUCUGCCCCCUGCAGGCUCUAACAGAAAAGUCUGGAAUCAAAAAUCUGAACACUCAGGAUUCAGUCACCUACAUAACGGUACAUCUAAAUGUCCAGGUUUACAUCUAACGGGGUGGUUUUCACUACAUGUUCAGCUGUGAUGGGCUGCUCACCUUUCCUCUUUCCCAUUGUGAGCAGGAAAGAGUGAAUUCAUGUUGAACGGACACGGAGAUCCAGAAAACAGCAGAAUCUCUGCAGAGAAGAGACCUAAAGUGUCUGAGUUGUUUUUAAUGUGGAUCAUUUAUUAUCAAAGAGACCUUAUGUAGGGCCUCUUCACCCCAUCUUUGUUUCCUUUCGGUUUAAAACUGCCACAUAAAUGUUUAGACUUUCAUAUGUUGGUUUCUGCAGGUGAUAGAUGUUAAGUUUUGUCUAAACAUCCAUGUUGUAAAUGUGAUACUGAGUCAGCGUGUUUCUGUUUACGUCUGAGAAAUGCAAACUCCAUUACUGCGGCUGAGUUGUGUGAUAACCCAAGACUACGGGAGGCGGAGUCUUUGGAACAUGGCGGAUCGUUUUCUCUUUCAGUUUCACUUCAGCAGCUCAGAGGAGUCAUGGCUGUCCAGAAUCUCCCAGAAGGCAUCUCAGCUUGCUCACUGAGCCCAGUCUCCCCAAAACCACUCGAUUAACUUGAACACCACUCAGCAUCACCACUCAGCCCUUCACACACACACACACACACACACACACACACACACACACACACACACACACACAUGGAAACUGUUGAGCGGGCUCCGUCAGAAAACUGCCUCCAUCUUCUAGUUGCAGCUACAGCCGUGAGGAGAGCUCGUUGGACUCCGUCGGGUCGGUGCUGACCGUCACUAACAUCUCGCUUUAGGUCCUUUGGACUUGUGUCUUUUUAGUGAUUUCUGGAAAAUAGAUCAUUUGAGCAUCAUCUCUGGGAUGAGAGGGAAAAUGUAGCAGUUGAUCACAAUAAAAAGUUUUUGUUGUA